CUGCAGAUUUGCCGAGGACAGGCGCAUUGGAGAAAUACAUUUCGUCCAAAAAUUCAACUGUAGAAUGACGUGCACAUAACCAUACAACAAUAAUUCCUAGUGUGCCACUACAGACUAAAAUCCCAAGAAUUUCAAUGGCAGUUUGCAAUGGAGAGCUCGCGAGUUCGAUCCUCCAGAGACUCCUCACCAUGAAAAGCCAAGAAUUGUGGAGUCUGGUAGAGAUUUUAGCCUGUGAAUCGAUGAUGCAUUCACAGAGGCUUUGGUCAAUUUUGCAAUCGCCUCUCCGAGUUGAGAAUCUAAUUGGGCAUAUAAACACACUGUCUGCUGAACAAAAGAAACUGCUGGUUGGGCGAGUCGCUCUUUCCUUGCUUAGAAAAAUCUGUGCUUUCAUGGAGGAUGAUAAUGAGAAUGCUCCUCUACACGAACAAGAGGCUCCAAAAUCUCAUCUUGGAAACAGGGCACCCAGGAAUUUUAACCACAAAACCAUAAAAAUCUCAUCUUGGAAUGAACCAGCAUCUGAGUUGUGUCACACAGACGCUGCACUAGUGUUGCUCAUUGUAGCUGAAGCCCAUGAGCAGGAAUGCAAGGAAUCUGUGAAGAAAUGGGAGGGGGAUGGAAGGUUUCUUUAUGUCGAUGAAAUGAAAUUAUCACCCAGAAGAUACCUGUAUGAGAACAUUCUGAAGAUGGCUUACAGUGUGCCUGGAUUGAUGGUUGAUGAAGUUGGGUUGAGGUCAUAUAUUGACCUAGUUUGCAGAUAUGUGAGGCUUCUUGGGUUAUUCAUGUCUGAAUCAGAGUGUGAGUCUCUGUCUCCUCCUGCAUCUGCUGCAACUAUUCUGUCUCUUCCCUCUGCUAUUUACACAGGUGAAGGAAGUCAGAUUACAAUUUGUUCAAUAUGUGGGGAUGCUUUGGAGAGUAGAUUGAGUGUUGCAAGCUGCUUGCCAUGCUCUCAUGUUUAUCAUUGGGAAUGUAUUCAUUCAUGGCUGAAAACCAGGAAUACUUGUCCUCUCUGUAGGCAUGAGCUGCCCACUGAUGAUGUCUUCUAUGAAGUUGCAAGACACCUGAAAUGCUUCAUGUAGAGGAUCUUCUCCUAAACUCACUAAACUUCUGUUCAAUGGCUGAAUUUUGAUGUAUUCAAAAAGUUCUUCUGCCAUAUCCUAAAUUUGAUAUAAUAAUAUGAUACUAACUAUAGAGAUUUUUUAAAAUGAAUAUUUAAAAUGAUAAUAUCUAUUUAAA